AUUCACAGGGGGCAGAACAAUCACAAUGGCGUCGGAUAAACUUACGAACAAUUUUGAGGUUCCAACAUGGGCAGGGAAACCUCAGCCGGGGUUACAUCUGGAUGUCACAAAAGAUGGCAAAAUGAUUCAGAAAUUAAUGGUAGAUGAGAAGAAAUGUUAUUUUUUUGGGCGUAACAAGCAGCUUUGUGACUUUUGUAUUGAUCAUGCCUCCUGUUCUCGAGUACAUGCAGCUCUUGUUUGGCACAAACAUCUUUCCAGACCAUUUAUCAUGGAUCUUGGAAGCACACAUGGAACGUUCAUUGGUCAGAUACGACUUGAAAAACGGAAACCUCAGCAAGUCCCAAUCGACAGUGAAAUUCAUUUUGGUGCUUCAACAAGAAUCUAUAUCAUACGUGAACGUCCACAGGGAAUCUCAAACCAACCACACGAAGACAAAGAUGGAAAACGGAUAGAAGAUCACGAAGGCAGCUUAUUAGGUUUACCAGAAUCAGAAACAGAGCUUGAUAAUCUCACAGAAUUCAACACAGCUCACAAUCGUCGCAUAGCAUCCUUAGUAGAAGUUGCAGAUGUCCCCAAUCCUCUGAAGAGGAAACACAAGUCAAGUCAUGUUGUGUUUAAUGAUGAAGAGGAGGUCAUAAAUCCAGAGGACAUCGAUCCAUCAGUCGGUCGCUUUAGGAACCUUGUACAGACAACCAUCAUCCCAACGAAGAGAGCCAAAUUAGAUGGAAGUGCACAGCCAUCAGGCAGCAUGACAGAAAAUAUCACAAAGAGACUUCAGAACUUUUCCUAUGGUACAAACCUGUAUGGUGACCUUCCUGCAGUGGGUGGGAACGCAGCAGGUUCAACUCUCAGCAGCACGUACAGUAUUGCCACAAAACUAGGGCUUCCUGUUCCAAACCUGGCGCCAGACAUAGAUCACGACACAGCGGCGCCACAGGUCACUGCAGCACCAGUUGUGGGAUUCACACCAGAGGAACCUUCGAAGGAACCCAAGAAGAAGAAGUAUGCAAAGGAAGCGUGGCCAGGAAGGAAACAUACUCACAAUUUGCUUGUGUAGGAUGUGGGUGGGGUUAUGGGGUGGGUAAUGGUUGGGUGGGCUUAAUGCUUGGGAGGGGUUAGGGACUUUUUAUGAAAACUUGAUUGAUUAGAAUGGGUUUGGUUUAACUUGGGGUAAAUCUGUGAAUCAUUUACAUGGGGGGUGGACCAUUUUUAUACAUGAACAUUUAUAAUUGAAAUCACGAAUACCGCACAAUUUGAAGGGAUGCAAGUAAUAUUCUGCUGAACUGCUUUAUCAAAUAUCUUGCAUUUUUAAGAGAUUAUUUGAUUAUGUAGCCCCUUGUUCAUGUUGAUUUUAGACAUGUCUUGUAGUGGACCUGGGUCUUCAAUGACAACAGAUUUUUAUCAGAUGUUUGGUCUAUGUGUUCAGAUUCUAGUUAAGAGAUUUAGUGCGGCAUUAGAUGAUUAUAUAAGUAUUUGGUUAUGUUAAACGUUGUUCAAGAUGCAGUUGUCUUUUGAUCUUUUGGAUCAUCAGUGUCAGAUAAAGAUCAAGGUCGAGGUCAUUGUUCGCUACAUUGUGAUCAUGUAAAUGUCAUUGGAAAACUCUUAUCUCACUUGUACAAAUGUCUCAUUAAACAUCAUGAUGGAAUGAGA